UCUGAUUUUCCACUCGGGCACUUUCCGCUCGCUUCUUUCUGCUGGUCUGGCAGAACCCAUGCACGUCAUCCCCCUUCUUCCAAUUCGAACAGCAGCACUCCGAGUCCGUCUAGAUUUUCGUCCAAGAAAAGGAGCUCUCACUCUCCGACCACAUUCCGUCAGUGUCAGAACGACCGCUACAACUACUACCACCAUACCAAACUCCCGACCGCGAGUAGUACAUCAAGCACCGCCGCCGUAUUGCUCUUCCUCCCCCAUAAACCAUCAUCGCCGACCCUUUACCACCGAAACAACAACCACCACCGCCCUUUUGGUCACAAUGUCCGACGUCCAAGCCGCCAUGCCCUCCAUGGUCGUCCUCUCGACCUCCAUGAUCUCGCUCAUAACCGGCUUCGUGCUCGGCGUCUACGCCAUCCGCGGCUACCUGAUCCCCCCCGAGAUGAAGGAGGAGCGGCGCCGGUACUUUGAGGACCCCGUCGAGAGCGAGGAGUCCGACGUGGACGAAGACGAUCUCAUACUAGACCACGCGCCCAACUGGGCCAACGGGCUCGAGGCCGAUCAGCGCCAGGGUUUGCGCGCGCGCGGUGCUGCUGCCGCUUCUUUUUCAGGUGAAAAGAAGAAGAAGGAGAAGGCGCCCAAGGUGGGACUGGAUCCUACUGAGGAAUGCAAGUUGGUGUUGGUUGUGAGGACGGAUUUGGGUAUGACCAAGGGUAAAAUCGCAGCCCAAUGCUCCCACGCCACCCUCGCCUGCUACAAGCGCCUCUUCUCCGCCGCCCAACUCGAGCCAAUGUCGCUGUCCGCCCGCCUGCUCCGCCAGUGGGAGCGCAACGGCCAGGCCAAGAUCGCCGUGCAGACCAAGUCCGAGGAUGAGAUGCUGGAGCUGAUGGCCAAGGCGCGCAGCUUGGGCGUCACUGCUGAGGUGAUUCAGGAUGCUGGCCGUACGCAGAUUGCCUCUGGGUCUAGGACUGUGUUGGGCAUUGGCCCCGCGCCUAAGAGCUUGGUUGAUCAGAUUACUGGUCAUUUGAAGUUGUUGUAAAGGGGAAGGCAGAAGCGGGGAGAGGAGCGUUAUGUUGAGGUUGGCACGAAGCUUUGAUGGAAAGAGAAGGACGAGAAGCACAAAAAUGGCGUAAGGGGGGACGGUACACAGCAUCAUUGGGCUUCGAGAGCGUUUAUGGUCACGCGAAGACUAUGAUGCAUUUAUGGCGCAGGUUUUUGAUCUUUAUUCUUGAAUAAAUUACC